UCCAGCCCCGCAGCGGGGCGAAAGGUGACCCUCAACCUCGCAUGGAACCCAAAGCACAUCCCUCCCGCGCCACAUUGAGUCCGCUUCCUGCAGAAUCAGUGCCGCCAUCGGCUCCGCCCUCCUAGGGGACUAGGCAGCCCCUCAGUCUGAGGACGCGCUCCGUCUCCUUCCAGAUCUCGGUCCCGUUCCCCAGGACUCAGCCUUGACAGAGGCCGGCUUCCAGUCCGCCACUAUCCCAGGAUUCCCAACUCCGGUUUCCUGCCCUUCUCCCCUCCCAGGUCCCGGCGCCUGCCGGAGCCGCAAGAUGGCGGACGGGGAAUGCUUCGCGGAAGCCGCGCGGGCUGUGGGGUGUCCCCAUGCACCUGCUCCCGGCUUGGGCCUGGGCCCGCCGCUGGGCUGGAAAGAGCGGCUGAAGGCCGGGCUGGCGAACUCGGGCUCCACGCUGUGGUUCCUGGCGGGGCUGGGGCUGCUUUACGCUCUGAGGGUCCCGCUGAGGCUGUGUGACAACGUGACAGCGGUGACAGGGUUUUUAAGUUCCUUGACACCCAAGUUCUAUGUGGCACUUACAGGGACAUCUUCUUUGAUAUCUGGACUAAUAUUUAUAUUUGAAUGGUGGUACUUCCAUAAGCAUGGCACAUCUUUUAUUGAGCAAGUGUCUAUAAGCCACUUACGACCACUGAUAGGAGGAACAGAGAGUAGCAUUUCAGAGCCAGGUUCUCCUGCCAGCAACAGAGAAAGUGAAACCACGAGACACCACCAUCUAUCAGAAUGCAAGGUCUGGAGAAACCCUUUAAACCUCUUUAGAGGAGCAGAAUAUAGGAGAUACACUUGGGUGACUGGUAAAGAGCCACUUACUUACUAUGACAUGAACUUGUCUGCCCAGGAUCACCAGACCUUUUUCACCUGUGAAACAGACUUUUUACGUCCUUCAGACACAGUUAUGCAGAAGGCAUGGAGGGAAAGAAAUCCUCCAGCUCGAAUCAAAGCAGCCUAUCAAGCUUUAGAGUUAAACAAUGACUGUGCCACUGCCUACGUUCUGCUGGCCGAAGAGGAAGCAACAACCAUCGUAGAUGCUGAAAAGUUAUUUAAACAGGCGCUCAGGGCGGGGGAGAUAAUUUAUAGACGGUCACAGCAGUGCCAGCACCAGAGUCCUCAGCAUGAAGCUCAACUGAGGCGAGAUACCAAUGUACUUGUAUAUAUAAAAAGAAGAUUGGCAAUGUGUGCAAGAAAAUUGGGAAGAAUAAGAGAAGCAGUGAAAAUAAUGAGAGAUUUGAUGAAAGAAUUUCCUCCUCUUACCAUGUUGAACAUCCAUGAAAACCUCUUAGAAUCACUUCUAGAAUUGCAGGCCUAUGCAGAUGUUCAGGCAGUCCUGGCAAAAUAUGAUGAUAUAAGCCUUCCAAAGUCGGCAGCCAUCUGCUACACAGCAGCACUGUUGAAAACAAGGACUGUUUCAGAUAAAUUCUCUCCAGAAACAGCAUCCAGAAGAGGGUUAAGCACAGCAGAAAUUAAUGCUGUGGAAGCAAUUCAUAGAGCUGUGGAGUUUAAUCCACAUGUUCCCAAAUACUUACUAGAGAUGAAAAGUUUAAUUUUACCUCCGGAACACAUCCUGAAGCGAGGAGAUAGUGAGGCAAUUGCCUAUGCUUUCUUUCAUCUGCAGCACUGGAAACGGAUAGAAGGUGCUCUGAACCUCUUGCAGUGUACGUGGGAAGGCACUUUUAGAAUGAUUCCAUACCCAUUAGAGAAGGGACAUCUCUUUUACCCUUAUCCCAGCUGCACAGAGACCGCUGAUAGAGAGCUAUUGCCGACUUUUCAUCAUGUUUCUGUUUAUCCAAAAAAGGAGCUUCCUUUCUUCAUCCACUUUACAGCAGGACUCUGUUCUUCUACAGCAAUGAUAGCGUUUCUCACGCACCAGUUCCCUGAAGUCAUGGGUGUCUUUGCUAAAGCCCUGAAAAAACGGGCCCGGAGGAUUGAAAGAGCCUGCUGAAAAUAAACACAGUGAGUGUGUAAAUGACUAGCAUCGAACCUCGGCCUGUCAGACUGCGGAUUUCUGUAAUACUGCUGUUUAUCAGUAGGCAAGAUGAUCACUGUGUACUCAUACAAAACUAGGCCAUCAAGAGUUCAAAGCCCAUAUCCUACCUUCUAGCUUUCCAUACCUGCUGCCUUUGAAGACUCCACUACUGUGAACCCUAGUUAGGCUAGUGGCAUAGAGGGAACCCUCCCCUGUUUAAGUCCAUCAUGGAUGGGCAGUAGUUAUCAGUAGGACUUGGAGAAUCACAAAAUAAAGAUUUGCUGAGUAAAUGGGCGAAGGCUACUGUCUUCUAAGGUGUCUACCACUUUGGAACCAUCUCGUUCUCUACAUAGCGACAUGCUUUUGCUCCUGCGUCAAUGCUGAAGGUCCUCUCCUAAAGAACUGCUGAGAGGAGAGCUCGCCAGCUUCCUGGUCUACACUGAUCCUCAUGCAGCCCUUGAGAUCAGGUUGAGCCCAUGAGUUGCCUGCCCUUCACUUAGUCUUUUCCAAACCUACCUAAUGUCCAGAAUAAUUGAUGGGGGAGGAAGUCCCAAGGCCUAGCCAGGCUUAAUAUACUAUUCUCUCACAGUUCUGUUCCAGGGCUCUAACGGUCUAUUGAGACUUUGAACCACUGCAAGCUACCUCAUCUAACAAGCAGCCAGUAGCAGGCUGCUGCUGACUGAUGUAGGUGAAAAAGGAGACAGAGAAUGUGCAUUUGUACAGUUGUGUGAUUUCUCCCCUCACAAAAUCACUGGUUUAUAAGCUGUGUAAGAGCAUGGGGUGAAGCCUUAUUCACCGUGGCUGACACAUCUAGCUACCUCGGGGUCUCAGCAGAAUACUGUAGCCUAAGGUUGUCUGCACACACUGUCUCCUAUGAAGGGACAGGCAGUUUAUCUCUGUCCUAUGUCCUCGGCUACAGUAGGAUCAAAAAGGAAGCUACCUCCAGAUUCCCUUCCUGUUGCCUACCCAGAGAGUAUCAGAAGUCAGUGCAAGCAAAGGGGACAAUGAGCCUUGACUUUAGUGCAACUCAGAUCACUCUGAAGAGAACUCCUACCUCCUCUACUCUCCCUUCAAACCUCCAGGUGGGAUAGCAGGGAGCCACUCACUCCCAUAUCCAUCCCCUAUCAACUCCUUCCUAGGGCUAAGGAACCAGCCGGGACAUUGGGGUCCCCCUGGAUCACUCUCCAAGUCCAUAACAGAAGCUGUAGCAGCCCAGGAUUGAGGGUGGAGGAAGGUGUGCAUGCAAAGAUCUUGUGCUUUUGAGUUGGAGGCUUGAAGUGGAGGGAUGUAAGAGGUAUCUGUGUGUUCAGGUCUGGUCCAGCCACUCUGCCUUCUUAGGAGCCUUGCACGUGUGGACGUCCACAGUGUUCCUGCACUCUUUGCAGCGCACAGCACAGCACCAGUGGAAUUUGCACUCGCACUGGGUGACGCGGGUGACCCGAGUUGUGUCGUACCCUCGGCCACAGCACAUGAUUUCGCAGCCGUCUGUCCCUUUAGACGUCUUGCUGCAGACGCGGCCUGCGGUCCCUAGGGAGCCUGAGUUGAGGAAGAGAGGUGAGAACCAAGUUACUUCUGUUUUAGCCACCAUGGCUAUCCUUAUACUCUUAAGAAGACAUUAAAAUUCUCUUUCUGAAAAUGUAUCCACUAACCAAAAUUCAUUCAUUGCCCAUUUGUUUCCACCAUUAAAGCUCCCCAGAGGUGGCCAGUUUCACAUGCUAUGCCUUUAUUACCAGUGCAUACUGCCAUGUCCUCUUCAACUGUAAGUCUGGGUGAGCAUCUCUCAUUUUGUGGGGGUUGUGAUGGCAUCUGGAUUUAAAUCCUGGUUGGGCCACUUCAUAGCUGUAGUUAUUUAGCAAGUUAGUGGAUGUGUUGGGCCUCAGUUUCCAUAUAUGAAAGCAUAUACACUAGCAGGUCUGGUAGCACGUGCCUGUAACACCAUCAUGCAAAACACUGAGGCAGGGGAGUCACUUUUAGGCUAGGCUGGGAUAUGUAGUGAGUUCGAGGCCAAGUUGGAAUGCAUAGCAUGAUCCUGGCUCAGGGAAACAAAACGACUCAACGUCUAAUGUAAUAAAUUGUUAUGGUGCACUCAUCACUGCUGUCCAGCAGAGGUGGACCGGUUGCCAUGACUGGUAGAGGCAUUUCUCUAAGAGUUCCUGUAUUGUGCCCCUUUCAAAAGGGAUUCCUAAAGAGUAAGAAAGCUUUCUCCUUGCACAAGGAAUGCUCAGGACCUCAUUCCAAUAGAUGUCAUCACAAAAGAUCCUGUAAUCCUUUACCCAGUAACAGGGACCCAUAAGUGGAAAAGUGACUGGCCUGAGACUUCAAGAAAGAAAAUGGAUCAACUAACUUCAACAAUAGUCUCCAUAUUCCACUAGGAUAUGAGGGGAA